AUGGACAAAAACCUGACCAACCUCCUCCGAUGGAGCAUUGAAAACUCAACCCCGUCGUCCGGCGCCAACGGCACGGCCGCCGUAACAGCACACGCCGGCGCCGGCGACGAGACUGGCACAGCCGGCGCCGACCAAGCCGCCGCCACGACGAACCGGACCGCGCCGGCGGGGACGAACCUCAACCCCGAGAUCCUGUCGGCCCUCUUUGGCGGGCCGUCGGAGGCGGAGCUGAUGCGGGCGGCGAUGGAGGUGAUCACGGACGCGGAGGCGACGCUGGAGAACAAGCUGAUCGCGUUCGACAACUUCGAGCAGCUGAUCGAGUCGCUCGACAACGCCAACAACCUGGAGCCGCUGGCGCUCUGGACGCCGCUGCUCUCGAUGCUCGAGCACGAGGAGCGCGAGCUGCGGCGCAUGGCGGCCUGGUGCGUCGGCACCGCCGUGCAGAACAACGUGCGCAGCCAGGAGCGCCUGCUCGCCAUGGGCGGCGUGCCGACGCUGGUGCGGCUGGCCCUGGAAGAAGCGGAGGACGUCGCGGUGAGGAGGAAGGCCAUCUACGCCUUGAGCUCUGCGAUCAGGAAUUAUCAGCCUGCUAUGGAUGUCGUGGCCGAGAAGUUGGAGCCGCACGGGAAGGGGGAGAAAAUCGACGCAUCGGAUAUGAACGCCGUGGAUGCGCUGAUCAACUGGAUGAAGGAGAAAGUGAACGGGAAAGAUUAG